ACUUCCCUUCAACUACCAUUCUCCCACACCACCGCCCAUUCUUCUCCAUCCAUUAAUGACCACCUUUUGAGGUGAGGAAUCUUUGUGGCCUCCCUCUAUUAAUACUCCACUUAUCAAAUCCCUUAAAUUUCACACUCAGUCAGCUUCCAUAGACUCAAGAUUAGAAAUUUCUGUUCAUCAUAAGUUUCUUUCAACUUAAUUAUGGCUGACUUGGAUCACUCCUCUAGUGAUGACCACUCUGUUGAUUCUAGAGAGGAAACCAGCCAAGAUUCUAAGCUUGAAUUCUCAGAAGAUGAGGAAACUCUUAUCACCAGGAUGUACAAUCUGUUUGGUGAGAGGUGGCCCUUAAUUGCUGGGAGGAUUCCAGGAAGAACAGCAGAAGAAAUUGAGAAGUACUGGACUUCAAGAUACUCUACGAGUCAGUAAAUCAGGGGUGUCCAAGAUGAUUGCCCUAUCUGAUGUACUAGAGUAGCAAAAUUUUGGGUGGCUUUUUAGCUUUCUUCUAAGAGUCUGCAAUAUGGGUGGGUUUAGGUUGUGAUCAAGAUAUUUGUACAAUUGUUGCUUCUUCAAUGUGGUAAUGGUGAGUUAAUUAAUGCUUAAAUUAUAUAAUGAAGUCUGCUUAUGGUAAAAA